CAAACCACGCGAUGUAAAUAUAGGAACCUCAACCCUCAAACACGUACCGGCCAAAACAGAGGAAACAGAGGAAAGAAAGCGGGCUGCAAUAGUAUGAGCUAAGUCUGUCUCUCGUCAACAACACUAAUACCCCUUCCUGCCAAUUCCUGGGUUCCUCAAUCCUCUGACCUUUUAAUCCUAGACGAACCACCUACAGAGCGUUGAGGUUCAAUUUGGUUUCGGGAGUUCUCUUCAGUACAGUGUGAACCAUGGCCACCAAAUCACACCCCCCCUUGAUGAAGAAGCACAGCCAGUCAGACCUAGUCAGCCGGCUGAAGACCAGGAAGAUCCUUGGGGUCGGAGGGGAGGACGACGAUGGAGAAGUGCACAGGUCUAAGAUCAGUCAGGUUCUGGGCAACGAGAUCAAAUUUUCAGGUCGGGAACCUUUGGGUCUCAGGGUCUGGUUGGUUGUUUCCGCAGUGAUGCUUACGGUCUUGGCUUUAAUGGCCCUCACAUUCCCUAUCCAGCUGUAUGAUGCCAUCUUCGAUGAGGAGCUCGUUGGCACCAAGAUGUCCAUUAGACUGUAUGGAGGGGCACUUCUCAGCAUCUCCCUAGUCAUAUGGAAUGCGCUCUAUACAACAGAGAAGGUGAUAAUCCGAUGGACACUGCUGACAGAAGCAUGCUAUUUCGGUAUACAAUUUUUAGUGACUGCCAUCACCCUGGUUGAGAACGGCACAGUGUCUAACAAGGCUCUUGUCCUGGUCUUCAGCCGAGUCAUGUUCGUCGGCAUCAGCCUCUGUUACUACUACCAGCUGGGGCGCAGGUCCAAGAAGAUCUGAACCCAGGAGAUGACCAGACCCAGAUUUACACUACCUUUUCCAUUUCAUCCUCAACACAGCAAACUUUGUCUAUACAAGCCAGGAAUAGACAGGUACAAUAACAUUAGUACAUGGGCAUUUUCAGCAAUAUUUGGUAACAUUUGUGGAGGUUAGUAUCAAAGCGGUACUGCAUGGUAAGUGAUGUUUGAAUGGCAACUUCAUUAUUACAGUCAAGGCUGGCUGGAAGAAGGGAAGGUUUAUUGUACAAAGACAUGAGGAUUGCCCACUUCGCCUGAUCUCCCCACUUUUGCAAGAAGUGGCAUUUUUCAGAAGGGUUGGAAGGCUGUUCAUAUGAGUAAAUGUGGAAUUUUUUUCAUGAACAUUGAGCAGCCUUUUUAUACAAUUUGGGAUUAAAUAAGGAAUAGCAUUUUAGUUUAAUAUCUAAUAUUUCAAAAUCUGCCACUUAUUGUAAACGAAAGUUACCAAAUAUAUGAUUGAACAUAAUGGUAGCAGGAUAUAAAUUUGUUUAUGCAGUAAAUACAGUAGAUUUAUUUAAAAUAGGAUUACCAUAUCCAACAUAUGUAUGUGGAUAUGUACUGUAUUUAAGUAAAAUAUCCAACUGCAAUUUGUAUCUGUGUGAAGCAACGUCAGCUGAUGUGGUGCUGCAGUAGUUCGGUGGCCACUUCUGUGCUUCUCAAACAUUAAAAGGUAGAAGAUACAGUACUGUUUUAGUUCUUCUUCUUCUUCUUCUUCUUUGUGUAAACCCGUUUAAAAUGUCGUGUUCAUUUUCUUGUGGCAUAUAUUCUUACAGCAUGGCAGAAAAUGAGCUCUGGUUUGGGGCCAAUUUCAGCUCAAAUGACCUUCCAGAACUUUAGUCUUCCUCAUUUGUGGGAUAUAAGUCUCAUAUAUUGUGCCUCUGGUAUCGACGCCUACAUGUGGGUUCAGAGAGAUUUAAAUAAAAGGGAUGUCAUUAUCAACAAGAGAGCAGCUAAAGCCGUGUAUAUAUUUGAAACAUACCAAGACGUUAUCACAGUUUGCAUUCUAAAAUUCUGCACCGCGUUGCAUACUGUGUAAUUCCAUUUACUGUAAAGCCAUACAUAUUUGCAAGCCUUUUAUUAUGCAUUUUUCACAUAUAGGGGAGAAAAAAAAUUCCACUUAAAAUACAUCAUUCGCAUAUUGCAACAGGUCGCCAACAUUUCUGGUGCAAAAUAGGUUUUAUGGGUGUGAUUCACCAAAUAUGUGGGUCGCAAAUAUUUAUGGCUUUACAGUAUUCUACCCACUCUACUGUGUCAGGAUCUGCUAACCCUUUUAGUGUUUUUACAAGAACUUCAAUCACUGCCUGAUAGUCAAUACGUAUCCUCCUCCACUUCAAACCAAAGGUAUUUGGAUUAUAAAAGAUUGCAAUUCUAUUUAGGGAAUGCAAUCGGGUUUACUUCCUGCUGAUUGGUUAAAAGCAUGUCGCAUUACCAUUUUGUAUUAAAAAUAAAUAAAAGUAGCUGUAUAUAUGUGUUUUAAUGUCAGAAUUUUGCCUUUUGGAUUACAAAUCCUGACUUUUGCCGGCUUGUAUCAUAUAGUUAAAUAAAAUGCUUUAACUAGAAAUUAUUAUCAGUGUCUUUGUGAGAUAAUGUGGGGUUAGUGUUGGCUCCACCCCACAAAGUGUUCCUUUACUGUUCCAUUGAAAGAAGUUGUAUGUUUAAGUUUUGCUGAGUCACAUAGGCAGCGUACACAUACAGUACUACAGACAUGAAGCUGGAGUUUGGAAUCAUAAUACAAAAGUUGAAAACAAGUGGUGCUGUAUAGAGAACAAGGAUAUUGAUGGUUCAUUUUAAUUGUUCAAUUCCAAAGGGGCAUCUGACAUUCGUGUUUUUUUUUUUCAAACUGAAUUCGUAGGGUGCAGAACUGGGAUUAUUGCAUUGUGGGGUUGAUUUAAAAUGGUUAGGGUUAGGGUUAGGGUUAACCGAGCAGCACUAACAGACAGAUCAAGAAACAAGCACAGCUACACAACCACAGAACCCCACUAAACCAUACAAAGCCCCACUACAGGAUUCAGUUAUAAGCCAACAGCAUGUUCAAAGGACGUUCAUUUUAUUCACACACAACUCCAUAUAUUGGCGAAGCAAGCAAAUCAGUCUUCACAAUCCAACACGGAAACAAACUCCAGACAAACUUGUCUUGCUCCACUUUAAAUCAACAUGUCGGCAAAUUUAAAAGAUGCAGUAAUCUCGGUUCUGCACCCCAUGAAUUCACUUUGAGAGAAAAAAAAGCCCUUUUAAAAAAUGCAUCACAUUAACUUGACUUGUUGUUCCGUUUUCCAGGAUUGAAUUUGCUGAAGUACAUUUAUCCUGCCACUAUGCUGUAGUUGCACUCACUGUGCAGCAGGUAUUGGGAUAUUAAACAAUAAACUGCCUUUACUUCACAUAGUUUAGACUUCAAGUGACGUUACAAUUACCACCAUCCCCAAUAUCCACCUUGUCUAUACUUUAACCUUUACUUCAUUUACUUGACUGUAUGGAAUGAUAUUUAAAUUCUAGAAUCUCUUUUUGUCUAUAUCACUGCCUUUGUGACCAAUCACAUCUUUUAGAUGCAUUUCAAAAUGCAAGUUCAUUAAUUGCACAGUUACCUUUACUAUUUACUUUACGCGGUUACCUUUUACUAUUUACUACAAGCACAUAUAUAUAUAUAUAUAUAUAUAUAUAUAUAUAUAUAUAUAUAUAUAUACUGUUCAGUUGAUUUUAGCCAGUUUCUUAUGAAAAUAAAAGAAUAUGGACCAGCUAUACUGCGAUUUUAAAACGUGAUUCAUUUGAUGGCGGUCUGAAAGCUCUUGGAUAUGUUUUUGUGUUUGUGGGCUGCUGGUAUUUAAAGGAAGAGGUUUCAUCUUCAUCAUAGUGUGUUUAGAUGAUAGUGUACAUGAGGCAGCAAUUGCGUUUUUAAUUCAAAUUCUUCAUGUGCAUUGAUGGGAAUGGUGUAUGUGGUAUUACUGUGUGGUUUUAAAGGACAGGAGGUGUAGUAAGUUGUAUGCUGGUGCAAGUAGCUUGAAGUUAAGUGGGCUAGACAGUAUAAAGGUCUCUCAAAUAGUUCAGUCUUUAGGCAAAUUUAGUGGAUGUCCUCUAUUUCCUGUAUUGAGCUAGUGUUGUUUUCCCCUAUGCUGUGUGACUUGCCCCCAGCCUGUAAAGAAAGGGGCAGAGGGACAUUUGUUUUAAAAGGUGGGGUUGUCUUUCAGAACUGCACAAGAGCUUUCAAUUGAUUUCACGUAAUCCCCCCCCCCCAUUAAUAAAGCAUAGUUCUGUUUUUUCUCUUUUUUUUUUAUAGAACAGGACACAUCAAAAAUAUAAAUGAAAAGAGUUUAAAAAACAUUAAGUCUUCAGGCAAUUUAGAUUUUGAGCAUCACCAUGGAAACCAUAGACAUUAAAACCGUUUCAGGGAACAAAAGAAAAUGAACAAAAGAAAACACAUUACAACAUUAAAAUAACGCACAGUAUUUGUAUGACACAGAAAAUAUGCACACUGGAAAAAUACUUUGACUAAAUGCUUGUUUGACUGAAUGUUCGUGUGCAGAUUUUGCACAAAUAAGACAGUUAUCCUUGCAGUGAAUUUGGUGAUUUUAAGUGGGACAUAUCUGGUAUAACAGUGGUAUUUUAUUAAUUCUGAAUAGGCUAUGUGUUAUUAAUAGUACUAUUGCUUCCGUGUCUUUCUUUCUUGUAUCAUUUUGGUAGCACAUGAGACUGACAUAUAUGGAUGCUGUUUGAAAUCAUGGUCAUGUUGAUAAAGGGCAGCAAGGCUGGAGUGGGCCUAGCCUCCCAGUGCUCAGCAUCAUAUCCAUCCAGUUCAGAUUUGAUGGCUACUAUUGGGUAGUGUCAUCAAUAUAUUGAGCUACACUUUUUUACAGUAAAUAAUGUAAUUAUAGUUGGUGGUUUGGCAGCCAAACUUGCAUGUUAGUUCAUAACAGAAUCCUGUGCUGGAACUCUUGAUGACUGUGGUAAUGUUUACCUGUGAUCCCUUUUAGUCCAGCAAUUACGCACAUGCAGAAUCUGUCUAGUAGAUGGAGACAGAGACAAACCCACGAGACGCAAUCAGAAAAAGAGGAUAGUCUAAAAGCAUGCAACCAAAAAAACACCACAACCCUUUUGGUUGGAAUACCGCGAAGAAUGAAACGAGAUGUACCCCAUCAUCCAGGAACUCAAACCUGUGCUUAAAGGAAUACAAGUCAGGUUUCAAUGGAAACCAACCCCAAAAUGUCAACACCAUCUCAUCAGACCACAACUCAACCCAUUACAAUCCACCGAAAAACAGACAGAACAGCAUUGAGGAUUUGAUCCAGCCCCAAACCCAAGUCAGGCAAAACAGACAACCAUUGACGUGCUUUCCAUGAACUAAUGGAAAAGAGCACAGGACAACGAUGAAACAACGUUCAAAACCAGCAAAGCAACCAAUGACAAUUACAUGUUUCAAAAAACACGAGAGAGAAUUGGAAUGAGCACCUUCCAUAGACAACACUGCGUCCACAGGGUUAACAUUAAUUACCAUAGCCAUCGAAAGUACAACCACAGGAUCUGUUGGUAAGAUUUGUACGUAAUAUGUAUGUAUUUAUUUAUUAUCUUUACAUGUUAGUCUGAACCACAGAGAGGUGGCAAGGAGAUACAAGUACAUUGGCACCAGUGUAAAAAUCCCUCAACAUUUACCAUAAUUCUGUGAGUGUAAUGCACACAUUGAAGCUGCAUUUCUGUAUGUUUUGCACAACGUGUGUAUAAUCAGAGUAUAGUAUUCAAUAUUGCAUACUAUCAUUUUCUUUCUAAGAUGGUACACAAGAGGUGCAUGUCAAUUGAAACGAUUCAUCGUUAGUCUUGUGCGUUAUACAUUAGAGUGUGUGUUAUAUUUAGAGAAUUACUGCAAGUAGGUUUAAAAAGCAUCAUACUGAGGUAGACAGCAGAGAUGUAGGACUAAACGCUGGACUGAAUUAGGUAGCAGCAGGUGCACAAGUCUGAUUUCACAGACUAUAUUGCAGUUCAGUGCCAAUUUGAGAGGAAAUAAAAUGGGAUAAUUAGUACAAAAAAUAUUUUGUGUCGACUUUAUGAAUAAUAUUCUUUUUAAAUGCUGUAACAAUCAAAUGUUUUACAUGAACAGUGAAUGGUUGUUUUAAAUAUGCAUUUUUGGUUUUUGAUGGCUUUGAAAUAAUUUUGGAAACUACAGAAGGAAUAUUGUGUUUGUAUUCUUAAAGAAAAAGUUAAAUAAAUUGUGUUUUUUCUG